AUGGGAGAUAAUUGUUUGCUUGCCCAUGAAGUCCUCACUUAUGUUAAACGAAGGAAAAAAGGCUUGCGAAGAUUUGCGAUAUUGAAAAUAGAUAUGAAUAAAGCAUAUGAUCGUGUGAAUUGGCAUUUUAUUGGCUGGCUUCUAGAUCAUAUGGAAUUUCCUGCGGUUUGGAGACACUGGAUCAUGCAGUGUGUCUCAACGGUUUCGUAUUCAAUUCUUGUCAAUGGUGAGCCAACAGAGGUGUUCAAGCCAAAGUGUGGACUACGACAGGGAGACCCUAUAUCUCCAUACCUUUUCAUUUUAGUCAUGGAAGUCCUGUCACGGAUGAUUCUACAACUUGAAGAGCAGAAGAGAGUGCAGGGCAUUAGAAUCACUAAACAUUCUCCCUCUAUUUCUCAUUUAUUUUUUGCUGAUGAUUCCUUGUUUUGCUUUCAAGCUAACACUUCAGCAUGCAGGAACAUAAGAAACACAAUUGAUUUGUUUUGCAAAGUCUCAGGAGAAGCAAUUAACUUUGACAAAUCCAACGUGAUUUUUAGUCCGAAUACGCCAAGCAAUAUUAAAAACGAGUUAAAGCAGAUUCUUGGAACUCCAUGCACAGAUUCACUAGGGAGAUAUUUAGGCUGCAAUAUUGAGGUGGAUGGAAGAUCAUCCCACGCUUUUGAUCCCUUGGUUGAGAAGGUCCAAAAAAAGAUCUCUUCCUGGAAGCACCUAUCCCUCUCUCCUGCAGGUAGACUCCUUCUAAUAAAUGGCAUUUUAGCUUCUUUGUGCUCAAAUGUUCUUGCAGUAUUUCUGGUGCCAAAGUUAAUCUCCAAAAAAAUAAACUCCCUGUUAAUGUGGUACUGGUGGAGGACAAGUUCGAUGCACAGGGGUAUUUGUUGGGUGAAUCGAGCGAAAUUGGAAGUGCCCAAGGGUAUGGGGGGGAUAGGGCUUCGUAAUAUUGUGAUGUUUAAUCAAGCCCUAUUGGUGAAGCAGGCAAUCCGUAUUUAUCAAAACCCAGACUCACUCAUCGCAAAAGUCUAUAGAAAGGCUUAUGGUAUGUCACCAUUGGAAGCUGGCUUAACAGGGAAAUCUAGUGCCAAAGCCACUUGGGCUUAUAAGGGUAUGAGCAGAUGUGUCUCUGCGGCAAAGACAGGAUUUAGUAAGAUUAUUUAUAGUGGUGAUACAUUUAUGGCGAAGGAAAGAUGGCUAGCCUCAGGCACACCUCAACUGAGACAAGGCAUACCGUAUGACAGACUCAAUACCACUGUGAACAGUCUGUUUAAACAAGGAACUAGAGAGUGGGAUGCUGCAAGGAUUUGGAGCACAUUUAAAAAAGAAACGGCCCAUGAGAUUCUAAGUAUCCAUAUCCCAAAUGAAGAAAAACAAGAUCAGUUUCUCUGGGUUGGAAAUGGCCAUGAUAAGAUGUCUUCAAAAGCAAUCUACGCAAGCCUGCUGAGGGAAAAUAAUGAAAAUCAUUGUGAUUAUUCCAGCUCCAAAUUUUAUAAGUUACUGUGGCAUAGUUGUCUACUACCCAAAUGGAAGAUUUUUGUGUGGAAGUUGAUUAACAAGGCUCUUCCUUUGCGCCCCAGAAUGAUUAGAAGAGGCAUAAUGGUGGAUGAUAGGUGCCUUUUUUGUUGUAAAGAUGUAGAAACAGAAGACCAUUUGUUUCGAGAUUGUGAAAUAGUACGAAGAGUUUGGUGCGCCAGCAGCUUGGGAAUCAAGAUAAAUGGAGCUGCCAAUAUUAGGUGUGGGGAUUGGGUGAAGAAUUUCUUGGUAUACUUGUGGAAAGGCAAUAAGGAUGGAAGGCAUGGCGACAUAGAGUUUGUGGCGGUCUUAUGGGCAAUUUGGGUGACCCGAAAUAAUUUAGUUUUUAGAGGUGGUGAAGUAGACCCAACAGGUGUUAUGUGGAUAAUUGAAAACCAAAAAAGUAUGGCAUGGGCAGCCAUAGACGGGAUCAAGAAAGGCAUGAGCAAUGGAGGAGAUGUUGCGCAGGAGAGCUCCAGUUUAAAGACUGAUGGUGUUUUGCUUAAAGGGAGCAUCAACGAUUGCAUUAUUCAUAUGCAAGUGGAUGGAGCAUGGAAAAAGGUGCGUAAAAAAUUCGACCCUGAGGCAGCUAUUGGUUGGGUUAUAGAACGAGAUGGGUCUGUUUUAGCAGAAGACGCUUCCCCUGUUAGAUGUAAUAGUGCUCUGAAGGCGGAAGCUCUUGCUUUGCUUGGUGGGAUUCAGCACGCUAACAACCGAGGAUGGUGGGAUCUGAAUAUUAUGACAGAGAGUGCAAUUCUGGUAGCGGCUUUACGUAACUUUCCAAACAGUCCUUUUGAAGUUGCGGCUGAAUGUGCUGAUAUUAUUAGAAUUGCUCUAGGAAUGAGGAAUGUCUAUAUUAAGAAGUGUAGUAGGAAUAGGGUUAGCAGGGCUCAUUAUCUUGCUACUAUGGCAAGGAAAAAUGGGUCUUAG